CACACAUUGUAGAGUCGAGAAAAUUUUCUAAAAUUAUUUCUACUUUAAGAGAAUUUUUCAUACAUACCGGUUAUUGUGUUAUAAUUGUGCAUAAGAAUUAAUUAAAAUGCCCGAAAUCGGCAAGAAAAUUAGCGAGUUGCGAGUCUGCGAUUUAAAAGAUGAGCUUGAAAAGCGCAAGCUGGAAACUGUGGGUCCAAAGGCAGUGCUAAUCGAACGUCUUGAAAGGGCACUAAAAGAGGAGGGCGUCGACCCAAACACACAUUUGAUUGAAGCGGCUGCUAAGCCAAAGAAGCCCACACCGGUACCAAUGAAUGAAUCCACAAGCCAGGUUAUAAUCAAGGAGGAGCCAGUUGAUACCGAGGAGGAACCCCAGGUAGAGGGUAAUGAAUUCGAUGGAAACGGGGAUGGGGAAGAUAGUGCUCAUCAUGCCGACGAGGACGGUCACGAAAUAGACCAAGUUGGCGAUGUCGACGAUGUAUGCGUUAUAUUAGAUGACGACGAAGAAGAGGGGGCAGAGGCUUUCGAUGAGUCAAAGAAUGGCACUGAAGAUGCGAAUGAAGGGGAAGCAGCCGAAGAGGGCGAAGGUGAGCCUGCAGGCGACGAGGAGAUGCAAGAGGAGAAUACAGGCGACACUGUAAACAUGGAUAAUGACGAGUCCAUUAAUUUGACAAUUGGUGAGGAAGAACAGAAACUUUUACACGAUGAGGCCCCUGACGAUAAAUCUAUUAAGUCGGUAAAACCGGCAAAUAAAACUGAUAAAUUGGGUGCAGCUGCUAAGGACGGUGAUAAAAAGAUUCACAAGGAUGAUGAGAGCGCUCGUUCAAAGAAGAAGGAUGACAAAUCCACUGAUAAAAAGGAUUCUAGCGACCCAAAAUCGGUUUCCAAAUCGUCGAACCAAAAAGACGAUAAAGAGAAAACAUCGACAACAGCAGCAGGUGCAGCAUCGGCAUCAUCAGGUGCCGCUGCCAACAGCAAGUCGGGAUCGGCCGGAGGUGCAGGCGCAGCUGGUGCCUCGUCCAGUGCUGCUGGCAAGCAGGCUUUGCUGUCACGCAAUCUCUGGGUAUCCGGUUUGUCUACUUUAACACGCGCCAGCGACUUGAAGGCCAUUUUCUCGAAGUUCGGCAAGGUGAUUGGAGCAAAGGUGGUCACCAACACUCGCACUCCUGGCACACGCUGUUACGGCUACGUAACCAUGUCUUCGUCCGGAGAUGCCUCGCGCUGCAUUGAUAAUCUGCAUCGUACGGAGCUGCACGGUCGAAUUAUAUCAGUCGAGCGCACCAAGAAUGAAAUCGGCGGCAGCGCAAGCUCAUCCAAAGACGUUGGCAAUAAGGGUAAUAACAAGACGAACAGCAAGUCCAGCAAUGACUCGAAGAAGAAGGAUGAUGAUAAGAAGUCAGGCGGCAAGGGAAACGGGGGCGAUGACAAGAAGGGUGGCGACGCCAAUGGGGAUGGCAAGAACGCAGGUGGGGAAUCUAGCAACAAGCGCGACGGCAAAGACAAGGACCGCAACGGCAAGCCAUCACGUGAUGACAAGGAUAAGUCGACAACGGGCAGUGAUAGGCGCCACGAGCGUGAUCACCGCUCUGGAACGGGUCACAAGUCUCAGCACCGUGAUGAGUCCCACGAGCGUCGUUCGGCACGCCAACCUCGAGAUGACCGUGAGAUCCAGCAACGUCAGCGUGAGCGUGAGCGUGAGCGACGCCAACGCGAAAUGCUGUCCUAUCAGAAGAUUCGUGAGGAGCGGGAACGCCAGCGCCUGCGUGAACGCGAGCGUGAGCUGCGCGAGGAGGAGCGACGUCGUCGCGAAGCACGUGAACGCCAGCGCAUUGAAGAGGAGCGCCUGGCCGAAGAAAGACGCAAGCUGGCUAUCGAGCGGGAGCGCCUUGAGCGCGAGAAGGCUGAACUGCUGCGUAUGGAGCGGGAGCGUCAGAAGCUGGAGCGUGAGAAAAUCGAGCUGGAGCGCCUUGAAUUGAAGCGUCAACAGAUGAAGAUUAUGGAAUCACGUGAUGAUCCCGUUAAGCGUUCGCUAAGCAAGCGCUCUGAUGAUCGCUACACCGAUGUCCCCGACCGCAAGCGCUCCGCGGUCUUUGAUGCUCCACCACCGCCACGUUUUGACACAUCUUUGGUUAGCUCACGCAACACUAGUACUUAUGACAAGAAGCAUGAUGAUUAUGGCACCUCGUCGACCUCCAAGCGUGGACUUGAUGACUAUUCGAGCUCCAAGCGAAUUGAAUAUUCCUCAAACAAACGUAGCGAAUACGGCAGCUCCACUGGUACCAAGCGUGGUGCUAUCGAUGAAUACGCUGCAGUGCCUAGUAAGCGCUCUGGCAAUGAUUAUGGCACAAGCUCCAAGCAUGAUUACUCGUCGUCCACCACCAGCAAGCGUGAUGAUUACAAACGCGACGUUGAGGUUCGCCACUUGCCGGUCUCAUCAGGUGGUGUUAGCACCGGUGGCUCGAGCAGUUCAUAUGUUCACAAGAGCAACACGGGCGGCGGUGCCGGCUCAUAUGUGCACAAGAAUAACACUAGCAACGUUACCGCCUCAUACGGUCACAAGAACAACACAAGUGGAGGAACCGGUGGUGGGAGUGGUCGCUAUAACGAUGCCGACCGCACCAACACCUCUAACUACAGACGUGGCGGCGUCGACGACAUGUCACAUAGCAACAAACGUUAUGAUAACUCAACCAGCAGUGGAGCAACCAGUGGUUAUGGCAGCAACUCGAACAACGUUAACAUAUGGGCACCAUCCAGUGGCGGCAGUAGCAGCGCUCAUUUGGGAGGUGGCGGGGGCCCAUUGAAAUCUUACAGCAACAAUGGAAUGUCAUCAAACAUGCAUGGCAACAAUUCGUGGCAAAAGUCAGCCACCAUCGAUGACAACUGGCGUCCAAUGCAGACACAGAGCCGUUUUGAUCGCAGCUACAACGAACGCUCCAGUGGCUACCAAGGCAACAGCGGAGCUGGUGGAAUGUACGGAGGUAGUCGCCCGGCACAGGACCGCUAUGGCGGCCAGGUGACACGCUAUUAGCUUGCUCUGCUAGCACACACAUUUAAUGAGCCAACUGAUAAUCCUGUCUACGCACUGUCCCAACCAACUUGAUGAUUUGCCCUUGAACGCUUUUGGCGUUUAUGUUAAUUUCUAUUAGUUGUAUUGACUUAGUAUCUAAAACUAUAUUAAAUAUCAUUAGAUAUAUAAUUUAUA